AUGGCGGAGGGAAUCUUCAGCUCAAUGAUUUCCAAGGGUCCAUACGCAUCCUUGAUAUCUAAUGUCGAUUCAUGCGGAACUGCGGCUUAUCAUACUGGAUCUUCCCCGGAUUCUCGUACUAUGGCGACACUGAAGGAUAAUGGAAUUAGUGAUUAUAAGCACAAGGCUCGAAAGGUUUCGGUGAACGAUUUCAGGAAUUUUGAUUAUAUCUUUGCGAUGGAUAGGGAUAAUCUUGAGGAUCUUUUGUCGUUGGGGAGGAGAACUGAAGGUAAGGCAAAGGUUAUGUUGUUUGGGGAGUAUGCGGGAGGUUCUGACCCGGAGGAGGUGGAUGAUCCUUAUUAUGGUGGGAAUGAUGGGUUCAAGGCGGCUUAUGAACAGUGUACGAGGUUUUCUGAGAAUUUCUUGAAGACGACUUUUCCGGAUGUUGAGAAAUGA